CCUACCUGCGGGACUGCAUCAUGGCCGACGGUUCCAGCUACCGUGGCACGCGGGCCACAACGGAGAAGGGUCUGCGCUGCCAGCACUGGCAAGCCAUGACACCCCAUGACCACAGGUUCCUACCAUCCCCCCGCAAUGGACUGGAGGAGAAUUACUGCCGAAACCCUGACCAGGACAAGCGAGGGCCGUGGUGUUACACUGUCGACCCCAACAUCCGGCACCAGAGCUGUGGCAUCAAGAAGUGUGAGGACGCCGUCUGCAUGACCUGCAAUGGGGAGGAGUACCGCGGUGCCGUGGACCACACCGAGUCGGGGACGGAGUGCCAGCGCUGGGACCUGCAGCACCCACACAAGCACCCCUACCACCCGGACAAGUACCCUGACAAGGGUCUGGAUGACAACUACUGCCGCAACCCCGACAGCUCCGAGCGGCCCUGGUGCUACACCACCGACCCUGGACGAGAACGCGAGUACUGCCGCAUCCGCCUCUGCAGUAAGUCNCGCGUGCGCCCCUUCAACAUCAGCGCCGCCUGUUUCAGGGGCAAGGGCGAGGGCUACCGGGGCCGGGUGAAUGUCACUGUGUCAGGGAUCCCCUGCCAGCGCUGGGACGCCCAGACACCCCACCGGCACCACUUCACACCCAAUAAAUACCCAUGCAAGGACCUGCAGGAGAACUACUGCCGCAACCCCGAUGGCUCGGAGGCACCGUGGUGCUUCACUGCCCGUCCCACCAUCCUGUCCCCCCCGGGAGCUCACCCCCUGCCCUGUCCCCACAGGGCUGGCGUGCACUUUUGUGGGGGGUCCCUGGUGAAGGAGCAGUGGGUGAUCAGCACACGCCAGUGCUUCUCCUCCUGCGAUGCUGACCUGACAGGCUAUGAG